UAGGCUAUUAAUGGAAAGAUGCCAAAAUCUUGUAAUAGCAUAGAACAAAGGAUAAUACAUUUUGUUAUUCUGAAUGUCACUGCGUUUAUUCAAUUAAUCAGAAUAUUUUUUAUAAAAUAUUUAGUAGCCUCCAAGUGUUCCACAUCUAUUUAGUGAACAAAUACUGUGAACUGUCCAUUGUAAACCGCCUAACCACAUUAUUUUGUCACCUUCCAAUUUAAAUACUUAGGAUUGUCAAAUCAAUAAAGAUAUGAAGGCUAUCAAUUAUCCGCCAUUUAUAUCAGUAGUUACACCUUUAAGUUAAUGGCAAAAGUGGGGAACAUUUGUAUACAAGUGCAUAUUGGAUACUGCUUAAUAAAUGUAGCUCUUAACAUAUGCAUCAAACCCUUUCUUUCCACAGCCUCUUCUCACGUCUCCCAAUGACGUAAUGCUCUUUUACGUACUCAGCGUGCAGUUGGGAACGCUCCACACGUGAUAACAGGAAGUAAAAGUCCCUCCCAAUAUUGUCCCAUCUAAGGAGAAGAUGAUAAAAAUCGCAGCUUGUGUUACUACUCUUUAAUCAAUUUAUUUUAUACUUAAAUAUUGCUAUCUCAGUCAUUAAUAGGCGUUUCUGAUCGCCACCAGAAGGAGAAACAACCGGAGAGCUUUUAAUAUGAAAUCAACCCAACGACCGUAACAGGAUGCAGACAAGACCGACCCUCGUCCUGAAAAUAUGAUCUGCCGCAUCCUUUCGUGUUGUUGAUCACAAUGUCGCCUUAAUUACAAAAAACAUUCAACACAGCGACUGUAUUCAGAAGCGGGGACUCUGACAAUGGAGGGCGAGGAAGAACGAGGGGUGGUGCGGGUGAAAGUCAAGAAAUGUGACGGAGGACUUCCGGCGGAGUUUCGCACGUUCGCGGUGGAUCCUCAAAUUACAUCACUGGAAGUGCUCCAGCACAUCCUCAUCCGAGCUUUCGACCUCAACGGGAAGCAGAACUUUGGGAUGAGUUACGUAUCUCGGGAUCGGAGCGGGGCGGAGAUGCAUCAGUGUCUGCUUUCCGACGGGGAUUUAGACGCUGCCUUCGCCAGCGCAGCCAAACCCUACUUAGAGCUCAAGAUCGACCUCAAGCCUUCAGAGGACAGUCCUGUGAUGGAGGAGUGGGACAUCAUCAGCCCUAAAGACGUGAUUGGCUCAGAGCAGCUGAUGGGGGACAGGGCGCGGGCCCUGGCCGCCACCGCCCUCCCCUUCACCCAGUCCCUUCUGGCCCAGGUGGUGGACGAGGUCCCGCACCCCGUCGGACACCUCUUCUACCAGCCGCUGUCGGCCGCGCUGACCCAGAUGGGCAGGACCCUCUCCCGGGUGCAGCAGGCGCUGAGCUGGUCGUACGGCGAGGAGGUGAAGCCCUUCAAGCCGCCGCUGAGCGACGGCGAGUUCCACUGCUAUCUCAACGGCCAGGGCCAGCUGACGCGCCCCGAAGACCUGCGGCUCCGCAUCUACCACGGCGGCCUGGAGCCGUCGCUACGCAAGGUGGUGUGGCGGUACCUCCUUAACGUGUACCCCGACGGACUCAGCGGCCAGGAGCGGAUGGACUACAUGAAGCGUAAGACGCGGGAGUACGAGCAGCUGAAGGCGCAGUGGGGCGCGCGCCGGCGCUCAGAGGAGCUGGACUUCGUGCGCGGCAGCGUGCUGAAGGACGUGCUGCGCACGGACCGCACCCACCCCUACUACGCCGGCUCGGAGGACAGCCCCCACCUCACCGCGCUCACCGACCUGCUCACCACCUUCGCCAUCACACACCCGCAGAUCUCAUACUGCCAGGGCAUGAGCGACAUCGCCUCGCCCAUCCUGGCCGUCAUGGACAACGAGGCGCACGCCUUCAUCUGCUUCUGCGGCAUCAUGAAGCGGCUGGAGGGGAACUUCCGGCCCGACGGCCAGCUCAUGUCCGUCAAGUUCCAGCACCUGAAGCUGCUGCUGCAGUACUCGGACCCCGAGUUCUACGCCUACCUGGUGUCGCGUGGCGCCGACGACCUCUUCUUCUGCUACCGCUGGCUGCUGCUGGAGCUGAAGCGGGAGUUCGCCUUCGACGACGCCCUCCGCAUGCUGGAGGUCACCUGGAGCUCGCUGCCCCCUGACCCCCCCGAGACGGAGGCGGAGCUGGUCGGCCCGCCGCUGGAGCCGGAGGAGGCGGGCGAGGCGUGCGGCGAGGCGUGCGGCGAGGCGUGCGGCGAGGCGGGCGUGUCUCCCUCCUCCCCCCCCAGCCCCCGUCUCGGGGAGACGACGGGGCAGCGGCGGCGACACAUGCUCCGCCCCUCCAGGGAGGAGCCGGAGGGCGGGAGGAUGGAGUUUGAGGGAAAGCGACCCGGCGUGUGCGCGGGCGGGGUACAGGGCGGGGAGGGGGCGGGGGCGGGGGGGGGCGGGGCUUUGGAGGGGACCCCGUCCGCCCCUCCUCUUGAGAAGCAGCUGAGCUUCGGGGAGUUUAAGUACUACUGCGCUCGCAAACGGGACAGCUUCGACAUGGAAGGCACCUCCAUGAUGGGGGACCGGCCCCUCGACCCCCUGACCUCUGACCCCGCGCCGGGCGCGCCCAGACGCCAGUCCACCCUGGACAGCGAGGACGACCCGGGGGAGAGGUCUCCGCUCAUACAGAGCCUCGACCCCGACGCCAAGACGUCCAACAAGCGGACGGUGUCCUCCCACCGGCCGGCCCCCGGCGGCCCGUCUGGCAGGGAGCCCAGUGGUGGCCCGCCCGCGUCCGGGUCCCCGGACUCCCCCCCGCCCAAGUACACCUGCUCGGCUGACAGCGGAGGCUCCUCGCAAAGAACUCUAGCCUCCCCCGCCGGCGCCCCCCCCCCGCCCGCGGCCGCCACGCAGGCCUCUGCGUCGUCGCCGCCGCCCGGCCGCUCACUGCUCUCGUCGCCCAUCCUGUCCUUCGCCAGGGGCCCCUCUUCACCGGGCGGCCGUCCCUUCGCCGGCACCCUGCCGCUGGCCGGCAGCCAGUCGCCCCCGUCCUGCAGGGGCCCGGCCCCCAGGCCCUGCUCGCUGCCCCCGCCCCAGGAGUUCGGUAAGGGCAACCCCUUCAUGCUGUUCCUGUGCCUGUCCAUCCUGCUGGAGCACCGCGACCACAUCGUGAAGAACAGCCUGGACUACAACGAGCUGGCCAUGCACUUUGACCGGCUGGUCCGGCGCCACCACCUGGGCCGCGUGCUGCAGCGCGCCAAGGCCCUGUUCGCCGACUACCUGCAGAGCGAGGUGUGGGACUCGGAGGAGGGCGACGAGGCCAGCUCUGACUCCCCCGUCACGGCCCACCCCCUCCGCUCCCCCUCCCCCUCCAGGCCCGUCAGCACCCCCCUGGCCACCCCCCCCGCCUCGUCCCCCAACUCCACCUACAACCUCUCCACCACCAUCCCCUCCCCCCCCGCGGCCCCCUCCCCCACCGGGGCCGCCUCCCCCCUGCCCUCGUCCUGA